AAAAAAAAAAAAAAACACAGACGAAUUUUUAUCUACACACUUUCGCCCGGAGACUAAAAGGAAACUGAUUUCGUGCAAGAAGUGGAAGGAGAUGACGGAGGCUCUCAAACUCCCUAUGAUAGACCUGAUCUCACCGGAUCGCAUCUCUACCGCCAAUUCAAUCCGUCAGGCGUGCAUAGACUAUGGUUUCUUCUAUCUUGUGAAUCAUGGAAUGGAGGAGGAGUUGGUCGGGAAAGUAUUUGAGGAGAGCAAGAAGUUUUUCUUGCUUCCUUUGGAGGAAAAGAUGAAAAUGCCUCGCAAGGAACAUAGAGGUUACACGCCGCUGUAUGCUGAAAACCUUGAUCCCACUUCAAGCUCCAAAGGUGACUCAAAAGAAAGUUUUUAUAUUGGCCCUUUAGAAGAUAUUACAACUCCAGUUAAUUUGAAUCAAUGGCCUUCAGAAGAAAUUUUACCUUCUUGGAGACAUAUGAUGGAAAGCUUCUACAGAAAACUCCUGUCUGCUGGAAAAAGAUUACUUUCUCUGAUUGCUCUGGCUUUGAAUGUAGAAGAGGACUUUUUUGAAAAAGUGGGGGCCUUGGAUAAACCAAAUGCGUUUCUUCGCCUUUUGCAUUAUCCAGGUGAAUUGGGGUCUUCUGAUGAUGAAAUAUACGGUUCCUCUGCUCACUCAGAUUAUGGAAUGGUCACUCUCCUAGCAACCGAUGGUGUUCAAGGACUUCAGGUCUGCCGAGAAAAAUUCAAGCAACCACGGGUAUGGGAGGAUGUGCUUCAUGUAGAUGGGGCCUUGAUUGUAAACAUUGGGGAUAUAAUGGAGAGGUGGACUAAUUGUUUGUUCCGGUCAACGAUGCACAGAGUGAUGCUGUCUGGAAAAGAGCGCUAUUCUGCAGCUUUCUUCUUGGAUCCCAACCCAGACUGCAUGGUGGAAUGCCUGGAAAGUUGUUGCAGCGAGUCAUCUCCCCCAAGGUUUCCCCCAAUUCGCGGCGGGGACUACCUGCAAGAGAGGCUCAGGCUUACAUAUGCCUCAUAGGAUAGAUGUUUGAAGACCUAAAAUUGAAAAUAAUGUCAGUGUACACUGCCGAUUUCAUUGUUGUGCAAGAAUUUGAUAUUAAUUAAUGGGUCUGGUUAACGAGUGCUAUUAGGACAUUUGUUAAUGGACUAUUUUAGGAAAGUUUAAAUAUCAUUUUUAUGGAAAAUAUAAAAAGUAGUUAAAAAUUCAAUUA